AUGAAUAUACCAAAGAAAACUAUUUUUUAAUAUGAAAUUUGGAGGAUACUCAUUCCUUAAUUUUUUCAUGGUAAUUUAUCAAUAUAAUAAUAUAAGGUAAUUUAUUAAACCUUUCUGUCAGUUUAUUGGGAUUUAUGUGUUUCGCUAUAUAAACAGAAAAAAAAGUUGGUUCUGUCCAAUUUUUUUUUGAUUUAUUUAUCAAAAAUCUUAUCAUUUAAGUACAUAAGUAAUUGAUUUAUAAAUAGAUCAUAUUUCUAUCAUUUUGUUUUGGAUUUUCUUAUUUGGAUGAAGAAAUGCUUAUUGCAAAUUCAUUUGGGUUUUGGAAUCUUUCAUUCAUCUAUUAGAUGAGAAGGUAUUAUGGAAUAAAAUCAAUUUAGAGCAUUAAAUGAUGAAGAAGAAACAAAGAAAUUUUUAUGCUUUUCAUUUAAUUUACCAUAAAAGUAUUUCCCUGCAUUAUUCUUUUUGACAAUGAAUUUUAUUAGAUUUCCAAGAUUAGAUUUAGUAGGGGCUACAAUCUUUUCUUUUAUAGAAAAUUAAUUUUGUGAUGGAUUCUCUUUUAGAUUAACAACUGUAAUUAGAUGGAUUAUUUAAGGCAUUCUAAAAAAAAUGUGAAAAUUCUUUUCCAUUUAAAUAUUUUUCAAAUAGACUUGAUUUUUUUAUAGCAGAAUAGAUUGACGAGUCUUUUGAUUCAAAAAAACAAAGUUCUUCAGUAGAGUUUGGAAUAAUAUCAACAAUAGAAACAAAGCCAAAAUAAGAAAAAUCAAAUUGA